AUGGCCAAAGACUCAGCCAAGAAGGAGACUGACUCCGCCGCUAAGAUCCUCACCUCCUUCCUGAAGAAGAUCCCACCGCAAGUCCUCGCCGAAGCCAAGGGCCUCGCCAUCUUUUCCGGUUUCCGUGGCGGCAUGUGGGUCGCCGGCUCAGGCGGUUCCGGUGUUGUAGUCGCCCGCCUCCCAGAUGGCACAUGGAGUCCUCCCAGCGCUUUCCAAGUCCGGAGUGGCUCGUUCGGUCUCUCUCUUGGCAUAGACGUUUUCGACUGCAUCGCUGUACUCAACACUCCUGAAGCUCUGGCAGCAUACUACUCAGAAAGUGACGCCGGUGGGAAGGUCGUGAUGGGUGGCGGCAUUUCUGUUGCCGCGGGGCCGGUUGCGUCGACUACCGCGAGCACGAGUGAUAGUGGGUCAGGUGGGAAGAAGGCAGUGUAUACGUACACGAAAAGUAUGGGGUUGUAUGGUGGUGUGACUGUUGACGGGACGGUGAUCAAGGCGAAUCAGAAAGUGAAUGAGGCUUGGUAUGGACAGUCAGGGGUCACUGUGGAAAAGAUCCUGAGAGGGGACGUCAAAGCUGGAGAAUGGCCUACUGGGGGCAACGGCCUGCGGGAGGUGCUGGCAGGCAUCCCUUGA